UGGAGAAACUAUAAAAUCGAAAAAGGCUAAAAAAAAAGUUUCCUUCCCAAAUAAACAGACUGUUUCCCUUUCCCUCGCGCGCGCUUCGUCUACCUUGAAGCCACUACAGGCAGUACAGAAGACCAACCAUUCUGCUCUUCUUCUUCCCCAAAAUUCUCCCCUCAAAACCCUAAACGGAGCUCUGCUUUCUUGAGGUUUCUGUUCUUCAUUUAUAAUUUUUGCUUCCUCUGUCUUCUCUGUUACUGGUUUUCUGGUUGGUUUAAAAGAUGAUUAACAUUACUAACAUCGAAGGGAAAAGAAGCGAAGCUUCUCCUUUGCCCCUGACGCCACCUGUACCUCCUGAUACGAAGCCAGAAAAAACAAUGCCUCCUACGUAUACGAUCAUGAGUAGACGUGGUGUAGGAAGCAAAGGGAGACGCAUUCCUUUGCUUACUAAUCACUUCGGUGUAUCUGUUAAUGCUCCAGAUUUAAUUUUCUAUCAAUACAGUGUUUCAAUUUGCUAUGAGGAUAACAGGCCUGUUGAAGGGAAGGAAAUUGGGCGGAAACUGAUGGAUAAACUCUAUCAAACUUAUUCUACUGAACUUGGUAAUAAAAGGUUUGCGUAUGAUGGAGAAAAAUGUCUUUACUGCGUGGGUCCUCUGCCACAAAACAAGCUUGAGUUCACUGUGGUGCUAGAGGGAUCAUAUGCAAAACUAGAAACUGGUAGCUCUGGGGGCAGUGGGAGUCCGAAUGGGAUUGGAAAGAGGUCAAAGCGUAGUUUUCAGUCGAAGACUUUUAAGGUUGAGCUAAGCUUUGCUACAAAAAUUCCAAUGAAAUCCAUUUUUACUGCCCUCAAGGGAGCAGAGGUGGAUAAUGGCCACAGUCAGGAUGCAUUGAGAGUGCUUGACAUUAUCCUGAGGCAGCAAGCAGCAAACCGGGAAUGUCUUUUGGUAAGGCAGUCAUUCUUUCAUGAUGACUCAAGGAACUUUGCUGAUGUUGGAGGAGGGGUAACAGGAGUACGAGGAUUUCAUUCUAGCUUCCGGUUGGCACAGGAUGGAUUAUCUUUGAAUAUGGAUGUUUCUACCACAAUGAUCCUGAAGCCUGGACCAGUGAUUGACUUCCUAAUAGCCAAUCAGAAUGUACGGGAACCACGUUAUAUUGAUUGGGCGAAGGCAAAAAGAAUGUUAAAGAAUUUGAGGGUCAAGGCUAGCCAUCGGAACAUGGAAUUUAAAAUCAUUGGUUUAAGUGAAAAACCUUGUAACCAACAAUUUUUUUCCAUGAAACUGAAGAAUAAUGGCAGUGCUGAUGGGCAGGUGGUUGAUGUUACUGUUUAUGAAUAUUUUGUCAGACAUUGUGGCAUUGAAUUGACAUAUUCUGCUUAUUUGCCAUGUCUAGAUGUUGGGAUACCUAAACGGCCAGCUUAUUUUCCUUUAGAGUUGUGCUCACUUGUUUCACUUCAACGCUACACAAAAGCUUUGUCUUUAAUGCAAAGAGCAUCUUUGGUAGAAAAAUCAAGGCAGAAGCCUCAAGAGAAAAUAAAAGUUCUCACUGAUGCUUUGAGAAAUUAUCAAUAUGAUGAGGAUCCAGUGCUAGCUCAAUGUGGGCUGAAAAUAGAGAGACAACUAACACAGGUUGAGGGUCGUGUACUCGAAUCACCGAAGUUGAAAGUUGGUAAAAGUGAUGAUUGUAUUCCACGUAAUGGACGGUGGAACUUUAAUAACAAGACACUUCUGAAUCCCACUCGCAUUGACCGUUGGAUUGUGGUCAAUUUCUCAGCACGCUGUGAUACUAGCUACAUAUCACGUGAACUGAUAAAUUGUGGAUGAAAUAAAGGCAUUCAUAUUGAAAGACCAAUUACCUUGAUCGAGGAAGACCAGCAUUCUAGAAGGGCCAGCCCUGUUGACAGGGUUGAGAAUAUUUUCGAUCAGAUGAUGGGAAAGGUGUCAUAUGCACCAUCUUUUAUUCUUUGUGUUCUCCCAGAAAAGAAAAAUUCGAAUAUUUAUGGACCUUGGAAGAAGAAGUGUCUAUGCGACUUUGGGAUUGUUACACAGUGCAUUUCCCCUACUAAAAUUAAUGAUCAGUACAUAACUAAUGUACUUCUUAAGAUUAAUUCUAAGCUGGGAGGUACAAACUCAUUGUUGGCUAUUGAGCAUGCAUCUUGUGUUCCGUUAAUAAAAGAUACUCCAACGUUGAUCUUGGGAAUGGAUGUGUCUCAUGGGUCUCCUGGACGAUCGGACGUUCCAUCAAUUGCUGCAGUUGUUGGGUCCAGAUCCUGGCCUUUGAUAUCAAGGUAUAGGGCAGCUGUACGGACCCAGUCGCCUAAGGUGGAAAUGAUUGAUGCUCUAUAUAAGCCUUUGGAGGAUGGCAAUGAUGAUGGUAUCAUUAGCAACGGCCGCAAGCCAACUCAGAUCAUUGUCUUUAGGGACGGAGUUAGUGAAUCCCAAUUUAAUCAAGUUUUGAACAUUGAGUUGGAUCAAAUAGUCAAGGCUUACCAACAUCUUGGAGAGGUUAAUGUUCCAAAGUUCACGGUUAUUGUAGGGCAAAAAAAUCACCACACAAAUUUUUUUCAACCUGGUGCCCCUGAAAAUGUUCCACCUGGAACGGUUGUCGAUACAAAAGUUGUACAUCCAAAAAAUUACGACUUCUACAUGUGUGCUCAUGCGGGAAUGAUUGGCACGUCAAGGCCGGCACACUACCAUGUCCUGCUCGAUGAAAUAGGUUUUUCUCCUGACGAUCUUUAAAAUCUUAUUCAUUCACUAUCAUAUGUGUAUCAAAGGAGUACGACUACACUAUCAAUUGCCGCACCAAUAUGUUAUGCUCAUCUUGCCGCGUCACAGAUGAGCCAGUUUAUUAACUUUGAGGAACUGCCUGAAACCUCUUCUGAACGAGGAACCAUUACUUCAUCGGGGAGUCUUUCGAUUCCAGAACUUCCACGGUUGCACAAAGAUGUUAAUGGUUCUAUGUUUUUCUGCUGAGGCAGCAUCUUUUCUUACAUCAGGUAUAUAUGGCUUAAUUUUUAAUGGCCUAGGAUAUUUUGUGUAGAUACGGCGGGAACAUAGGAUCAACAUAUAUAUCAAAACAACUUAGAAGGUGGUAGGACAAUGAGAUAAGAGAUAGGUCAGUAGAGAAAAGUACAUAGCAGCAACCUACCAAACUUAAAUUAGUGCCAAGUUCUUUUCUUAUUCUAGAUUAUUACCUUUGUUUUGAUUAUAGUAUACGUUUAGCUGUUAUUCCCGGGAGGCCCAUUUUGAAUUGAACCCACUGUAUUACUGAAGAUGAUGAGUUUACAACUGUCAUCAAUCCUAAUUCUACCUCUUUGCCAA